GAUGCUGUUGCUGUUGCUGUUGCUGCUGCUGCUGCUGCUGCUGCUGCUGCUUCUGUUCCACCUUUGCCAUGUCCUUCUCUCGUCCCUCCAGCCAGGCCCUCUUGCUUCUCGACCAGAGAUUUGCCAGUCUCGGUUUCAGCGAAAUUGAUCUCUCUCAGUACCAUGAUCAAGACUAUCCAGCUUCCUCAGAUUCUCCAGAUGCUUCAAAUGCUCCAGCUCCUUCUUCGAGGCCCUCACACGUAUCCACCGAUGCUGACGAUAUUGCCAUCCAAAUCAGCAGCAGGUUCAACCACGACCUAGACGAAUAUUUGGCUACAAAGGACUCUGAUAAUGACUUUCCUUUGCCAAUUGCUCUUGUCUCAGACAACCAAUAUGCUACUUUGCACUCUCCUAUUCCCCAGCAUGGCGACAUCUACAGGUGCAUCUCAAUUGAUGAUUCCAAUUACAACCUGUUCAAUAUUGCCAAUGGCGCCGCUGCUAAUAACGAUUGUAGUUUAAUCGAUCGCGACAUCUUGAUAACUGAUAAUAACGAUAACGAUAACGAUAACGAAAAUGACAAUAAUAAUAACAAUGACAAUGACAUUGACAUUGACAUUGACAUUGACAAUAAACAAACAAAUACCAAAGCUGGUUUCUUCAAAAAUUUGAAAAAAGAUACCAUCUUGCUCAUAUUUUUUUUGAAUUCUCUCAUCUCGGUUAUCUGCUCAUUACCUUUCCAAAUCUAUAUGCUUGUCCAAAUCAUAAUCUUAUCUUCUCAAUACCUCAAAUCUAUCCAAAUCAACAAUACUCAAUCAGGUAACCCUCUAUUCAUCUCCUACUACACUGCAACAAAUUUCCUUAAAUCCUCAAACCCUGAUUCCUACACUGGAGCCAAUUUAAACAUAUCAAUCCCAAUAGACAUCUUUUUGCCUACUAUCAUUCUUAUUUUCUCAAAAUUAUACCAAGUAUUCCUAACCUUUUUAUCAAUCUAUUCUAAAAACGUAAUCCAGAUUUUUUUUCUAUUAAUUUACCUAAUCUUACUCUUGAUUUUUACUACCUUCUUAUACUCUCAAACUGCAAACUCUUUUACCCUCAACCCUAACAACUCCUCUUCAUCUUCAUUUACAACCUUAAAUCUUUGGUCUGAUAAUAUCAAUUCCCAUGACUUGAACACCUAUGACUCAAUCUUUAAAAUCUUCAGCUAUUUACUAAUAACCUUUUCAGCUUUAACCGUCUUGGUCCAUCUAUUCUUUUAUUUCUUUUAUGCUAAAAGCCUACCAGCCCGAAAAUCCUCUUUUUCAAUCGCUAUACCCUUCAAAAUGAUCCCCUUAUUAAAAACUUUCCAAUUUCAUAGAGCUUCAAUAACUAUAAGUUGCUUCACCUCAAUGGUCUUCUUAUCUCUAUUUGUCGACAUGUACCAACUAACCCCAUCAAGUAAAUUUACAAUUUUCCUAAUUCUUUUAUCCCCUCUCUACUUGUUUUUACAAGAUAUUGUUGUUUCCUAUGAAUUCUUUAUCGGCUCCUUCAUCUUUGGCAUUCUCUUCAAUUUAAUAUAUAUUCUCUUUGCUUUUCACCAAAUCUUAUUAAUCUUCAAACUCAGAUCAGUCCACCAAUACCCAAUCAAAUUUUUCAUUAUCAAGGUUUUCUUUCUUUUUUAUUUCCUUUUACUAUCUCUAAACAUCAUCAUGGUCAUAAAAGCCAUUUCAAACUUUCACAAAGGUUUAAAACCUUACACCACAAAAUCUUAUAACACUUUCUUUCAUUUUAAAUCUUUUAAUCAAAAUAAUAAUCAAAAUAAAUAUACAAAUAACAAUACCAAUAUUAACAUACAAUUAUCAACCUUUAUAAACACAAAAGAUCCUGUUCAAAAAAGUUUCUCAAUGAAAAAUUACCUCACCUCCCAAUUCUUCUCAAAGAGCAUUUUCUCAUCUAACCAAAAUUUAAUCCCAAAAAAUGACAAUCAAGAGAAGAAAAACUCUUCUAAAUCUUCCAAGUCCUUUAAAUCUUUUAAAUUUUCAAAACUUUUCUCCUUUUUCUCAAUUUUAUCCAUCGCCAUCACCAUCACCUUUAUCAUAUUCGAAUUCAUUUACUGUUACAAUUUGAAAGAUUUCACCCUCAAAAUGGGCCCGGCAAUUGAUGAUGUCUUUUACAUUAGUUUUGAUAACUUAUUAGACAUCUUCCUUCAAUUCCCAAGAAAGACAUUGAUUUCAAAUCUCUCUCUAUUAAUAUUUGGUGAAUUUUACUUAAUAUUUAUAUUCGUCUUAUAUUUCUUAACUUCAAAUAACAAUUCUUUCAAUUCAACUAUUCAAAUUUUUUUUUCUCUAUUACUUCAAGAAAAAAAAAAUUCGUAUGAUCUUAAAAAAGAUUUAAUCCUCGGCUUUAAAAUUCUCAUUAUCCUAAUCUCCGCUUUUCAACUAAUUUUCUCAAUGUGUCAAUACGGUCAAAUGAAUUUUGUUUAUUUUAUCUACAAUUUUAAUAAUAAUAAUUUCAAUCCAGGUUUAAAAAAUUAUAUCAUCACUCACGGCUUUGUUCUUAUUACUUUAUCCCUAUUGAGAUUUAUCAUUCAAAUUUAUUUAUUUACCUAUAAAGAAGAACUGAAAAAUUUAGAAAAACUAAAUUCAAAUCCACAAAAUUUAAAUAAUUUCCAUAACAAUAAUAAUAACAAUCAGCAAGUAAAAGAAGGAAACAAUGGUAAUGAUGAUUAUGAUGAUUAUGAUGAUAAUAAUGAUAAUGAUGAUAAUUUUAAUAUAACUUUGAUCGAAGAAAAAUACUCACUUAACGUUUUUUAUAAAAUGUUAAUUC